UCUGAGUCUCUGAGUUCCCAAUCAGAGCAAAGUUCACCCCAAAACAAACAGCUGUGGACGGCUGAGAGCGAGGUGAGCGUUGAAGCAGGACAGCGAGGAUGAUUCGAAGCGUUCUGAAACGAAUGGCCUUCACCCCUGAUCUGUCUCCAGAGACCCUUCCGCUCGCGGCGCCUCGAUCCCCAGCAGCCACCGCCGGCCCGCGAGCGCACCGCAAGCCCAGCGAGGGCCACAGCGGGCAGCCGGCGCGCGGAAGCAUGGAGGUGGGCAUGCGCGUGGUGCGCGGCCUGGACUGGAAGUGGGGGAACCAGGAUGAAGGAGAGGGGCACGUGGGCACGGUGGUGGAGAUCGGCCGGCAGGGCAGCACCACUACGCCCGACAAAACUGUGGUGGUGCAGUGGGACAGCGGCACUCGCACGAAUUACCGCACCGGAUACCAGAGCGCCUACGACCUGCUGCUGUACGACAACGCACAGAUCGGUGUCCGACAUUCAAACAUCAUCUGUGACAGCUGUAAGAAGCAUGGCAUCAUGGGAAUGCGCUGGAAGUGUAAGGUGUGUUUCGACUACGACCUGUGCACUCAGUGCUACAUGAACAACAAGCACGACCUGACGCACGCCUUCGAGCGCUACGAGACGGCGCAUUCGCACCCAGUGAGCUUGACGCCGAGACAGAACCUGUCCAGAAUCAUCCUGAAAGGAAUCUUCCAGGGGGUGAAGGUGGUGCGGGGGCCCGACUGGGACUGGGGCAACCAAGACGGUGAGACUCACUCGCUAACACCUCUGGAUCUGUUCAAUGCAGCAUCUGUAGAGCUUAUAGAAAAGACAACCUCGGGUCGUAGCGUGGCUAGUGUCACCUGGUCCAGCGGAACCACAAAUGUCUACAGAAUGGGCCACAAGGGCAAGGUGGAUCUGAAAUACGUGUCGGAUGUGCAGGGAGGAUACUACUACAAGGAGCAUCUGCCCAAAUUAGGUAGGAGCGGCUGUAAAACACAGCCAGCGAACAGUCACUCGUUCCAGCAGGGUGAUAAGGUCAAGUGUCUGUUGGAGAUGGAGAUCCUCAGACAGAUGCAGGAGGGUCACGGCGGCUGGAACCCAAAAAUGGCAGAGUACAUCUCCAGAAUCGGCACCGUGCACAGGAUAACGGACCGCGGCGACGUGCGAGUCCAGUACAGUAACAACAUCCGCUGGACCUUCCACCCCGGAGCCCUGACCAAGGUGAACACGUUUGCUGUGGGUGAGCUGGUGAAGGUGCUGGAUGACAUUGACAGUGUGAAGAGACUCCAGGUGGGCCAUGGAGAGUGGACAGACAGCAUGGCUCCAGCUCUGGGUCAGGUCGGGAAGGUUUUGAAGGUGUAUGCAGACGGUGACCUGCGCGUGGCGUUCGGAGGUCAGACGUGGACCUUUAACCCCGCGUGUCUCUCUGCGCAGCGUGGCGAGGUCGACGCCAAUCUGAUGACGGCUGAGAACUCCAGCGAAUCAGGAAGUACGGUCAUUUCAGUCCUGGAGAAGCUGCUCUCUCAGUCCACGGAGCAAGAUCAUCCAGGCCGGCUGGUUAUCGAGGCGGCUCACGGGAAUGCCGUUAAAGUGCGUGAACUGGUGCAGAAAUACCCUGAGAAGGUGGAUAUUAAGAACCAGGGGAAGACGGCUCUGCAGGUGGCUGCCCAUCAGGGACAUGUGGAGGUGGUGAAGUUUCUGCUUCAGGCCAACAGCAGCAUUGAAGCUAAAGAUGAGGACGGAGAUGCUGCGCUACACUACACAGCAUUCGGGAAUCAGGCAGAAAUCGCACGCUUGCUGCUCAGUAAAGGAGCCAGUGUGAACCUGCUGAAUAACUCCAUGUGUACGGCGCUGCACAUCGCUGUCAAUAAAGGCUUCACGGAUGUGGUGAGAGUGUUGACGGAGCACUCAGCAGACAUCAACCUGCAGGAUUCAUAUGGAGAUACACCCUUACAUGACGCCAUUGCCAAAGACUUCAGGAGCAUCAUUGAGAUCCUGACUGUGGUGCCCAACAUUGAUUUCACGCAGCAGAACAACCGCAGCUUCAACCUGCUGCAGCACGCCGCUCUGAAGGGCAACAAACUAGCGACGGAGAUGAUCUUGGCUCGAGCGCGACAGCUGGCUGAUGUUAAGAAGGAAGAUGGGUUCUCUGCUCUGCAUCUGGCCGCCUUGAACAACCACCGAGAUGUAGCUGAGAUUCUCCUCAAAGAGGGUCGCUGUGACAUCAACAUCCGCAACAAUCGCAAUCAGACGCCACUGCAGCUGGCUGUGACUCAGGGUCAUGUGGCUCUAGUGGCCCUGCUGGUGACGGAGGGGGCAGACGUCAACGCAGAGGAUGAGGAUGGAGACACAGCCAUGCACACGGCUCUCAGCCGCCAGCAGCUGGCCACCGUCAUGAGCAGCGGCGAGGGCGAAGGAGCGCUGCUCUACAGAAGGCUGUGUAGCUCAGGGCUGAUGGGAAACACGGAGCUGAACGUAGGAGCUGCUAUCGCUUGCUUCUUGGCACAGGAAGGGGCCGAUAUCAGUUAUGCCAACCAUAAAGGUAAAAGCCCACUGAACCUGGUUGCAGACAGCAGCGUACAAACUCUCAUCAGGAGCUUCGCAGAAAAACACAGGCUUCAAGCCGUCACGUGUGGCACGGGCACGAGCAGCAGCAGUCUCAGGCGAGUGCACACUACACCCAACACCAUGACCAACCUGGCCAUGCCCAGCGCGACGGGCCCCAGCGAGUGCCUGAUCUGCUCCGAGCUCGCACUGCUGGUGCUGUUCUCUCCAUGUCAACACAGCGUCGCCUGUGAGGAAUGUGCUCACAGAAUGAAGAAAUGUAUCCGGUGCCAGGUGACAAUAACAAAGAAAAUUCGACAAGACCAGACGGAGGUGGAGUGCAGCCCCAGCUCGGAGAACUCGGAGAAGCACAACCUGCUGGAGCAGCUGCAGUCGCGCUACAGACAGAUGGAGGAGCGCAUCACCUGCCCCAUCUGCAUCGACAACCACAUCAAGCUGGUGUUCCAGUGCGGCCACGCCUCCUGCAUCGACUGCAGCGCCGCGCUCAAGACCUGCCCCAUCUGCCGGCAGACCAUCCGCGAGAGGAUCCAGCUGUUCGUCUGAGCCUCAUCAUUCAGCCAUGAAGCAGGACCGCGAUCCCUGGAUGGACCACCAAUGACUGCGGUUUGGAUCGGUGUCGUCCUCUGAGUAGCAUGUGGACAUCUGCUCCGACGACCUACAGUAUUACCGAGUGAAGAGGAGUUUAUACACUUCGUGCCGCUGAAGCGCUAGAUUAUAGCGAACCGUAAAGUAUCCCCAGCAUGCAACGAGAGCUGACGUGUCACAUCAGCCCUCUCACAAAACCUGUCGGGACCUGGGCCAUAUUUCACACUAAAAUCCACAGGAAGAAAUCAUGUUGUGCAAGAAAAAGUAAAUAUUGAGAUAUUUAGCGCUGCAUAAUAAAAUGAUAUGAUUUUAGUUAUCCUAGAUUCAUAAUGUAAUUUAUUGCUUUUGUUUGUGUGAUUUUCGGGUGAAAUAUGACCUGGUUUGUUUCCAUCAGAUCCCACCAUAUACGGUGAUCCAGGGCUUGCUGCUUCAAACACUCACUUCAUUCGGAGUCGUUAAAGUGCAGCACUUCAUCGGUCGUGUCCCAGCGUCCCCGAGAAUGCCGUUCACAUCAUUUGCCAUCGUUUGUCCGAGGGUGAUAUUGUACAGAUGCCUGUACCUUACCUCUCGCAGAGCUAGAACUUACACAAGCUUUCCACGAGCAAGAGAUAUACAUAAUGCAUGCUGGUGAGCGUAUUAUCUACGUCAUAUAUAGUGUCACGAAUACCAUUUGUAGUGUUAUAAGUGCAGACGACCUGUAAUUUUUACCCUGUGUCUGUGCGAGGGUCUGACUGAAAGACCCUUAAUAACAUAAUAGUAAUUCAUUUGUGGCAGCAAAGGUGCUGAAUGCUUCCUAAUACUAGGAGUUCUUUAGUUUUUCCUCAGGUUUAUGCAAGUCAGUUCAACUCAGAAUGCAAGAAAUCCCCCAUUUGUAAACUUUACUAAACGUGCAACCUUAUCCACUGGCAUUGCAUGACAUUAUAUAAAGUGCUUAUUAGCCUCAUAUCUCCCAAAGUAAUGUUUUGCCUAAAUGUAUUCUGAGAUUGAAAGUAAUGAAUUGGGAACUCUUCAAGGUUGUAGGUGAUUGCACCUAUAGAACCCAUAGAAUUUACAACUUUAUGAUUUAAAGAAAUCAUCACUGCUGUCAGUAUUUACCCCCAUGUCACUCAAAACCCGUAUGCGUUUAGUGUGUGAGUGAGUGAGUGAGUGAGUGAGUGAGUGAGUGAGUGAGAGAGUGAGUGUGUGUGUGUGUGUGAGUG